CUUUCUUCUGCAAACAUUUUCAUCAUGAAGCUCUUUAUUAUCUCUUCCGCUGCUUUCUCUGUCCUUGGUCUUGUUCAAGCCUUGGAUCAACCUCACUGUCGAAAGACUUAUGAAGUUGUUAACGGGGAUAGUUGCCAAUCAAUCGCUAGUAAGCAUAGCAUUACCAAGGAUAAUCUGUCUGAGUGGACCAAGAAGAUCAAUACAAACUUUGACUGUGACAAGAUCAAGCCAGGUGAAGUAAUCUGCUUGGAUUAUGAGAGUUCUAUUGAAAAGAGAUCUCUCAAGAAGGCCCACGCUAAGAAACCUACUCAUCCUAAGAAGCAUACCACUACUAAGAAGCCUGCUCACCCAAAGAAGCACGUUACAUCUAAGAAGGCUGCUCAUGAAAUGAACAAGCGUGAAGUAAAGGAGCCUGCUGACCAUAAAAAAAAGCCUGCUCAUCCCAAGAAGCACACUACUAAGCCUGCUCCUCAUCCCAAGAAGCCCGCUCGUAACUAAUGUCACGGAGUUCAGAUGAAGUAAGGAUAUUUAUAUCCAUACUUUACAAGUCUUUAUUGCUUGAAUCAAUAAACUAAACGAAU